CGAUCUUCUCGCUAAGUCUGCAACUAAUGGUCAAAUCAAGGCAAAGACACUUGACGGCAGCACUUGAAAACAACUCAAAUACUGAGUUGUAUUUGAAUGAAGAUGAAGAUUGGGUUAUAGUUAAAAAGCAAAAAGUCACCAUUCUGGUUCCAAGUCUACCUACAGCUAAUAAGUCCACUAUGCCAACUUUGGGACCAAGUCAACGGCAAGCUUCGCCCAGAAAAGCAAUUAACAAACAAUCGCAAUAUUCAACUGAUGCAUGUUCCAAGAAACCUAUAGUUGAUGAGCAAGAGAAGUCUGCAUCAUUGGCUCCAAAAAGAGGUAUCCACAUUGCCAGAAAAACUCCUAAUCUGUAUGUUCCAGCCAUAGCGAAACCACCAUUGGUAGAUUCUAGAAUGGAACCAGAAAAUCCAGUUCACGCUCGUGGCUCUGUCUCACGUUAUACACUUGGGGUAAUGGACAUGUCAAGAACUAUUAGGUGCUCAAGAACUUUUCAUGGUAUCAGUGGUUCACUUGAUAGGAGCAUGUUGCUGAAUCAAAGGCUGAGGGCAUUAAAUCUUGAGAGGAAACUACAAAAAGCUGGUGGUUUGAGUAGGUGGUUAGCAUCGCUAGGACUGGGACAGUUUGUUAGGCUUUUCCAGCGGAAGAGUAUCAAUAAAUUUCAGUUGGUGAAUCUGAACAUGAAGAAGCUCAAGGAUAUGGGUGCGGAUGCAGUUGGUCCACGGAGAAAGCUUAUGCAUGCUAUUGAAUGUGUCUGCCAGCCAUAUUGUUUUGAGGCCUUGUAAAUAUUCCAAGCAUCUAGAGCAAUUGGCAAACCCACAGACAAUGCAAGAGCAAUUUAAUUCUGUUGUAAAUGUUCCAUCUUGUUUGAUUCUGAAGCAUAGUCUCAAGUAGUGGACAUAAUAUCUUGCAAAUUGGUCCGAAGAGAGUUAAACGCCACGCCUUGCUGCUAGCUUGUAUUUGUAUUAGACAAUCAUUUGCCUUUUGUAAAUAUCAAGUUGGCUGCAAAUCAUAACUUGCAAUCAGGUAGCUGCUGUACCCCUUACACGCUUAUUGUUUUCUAAUUAUCACUUGAAAAUCUGGGCAGCGCUUCAUUGAGCAAGAUGUGUUGGGACUUGCUUCAUUAUCAUCCAGGAUAUGACAACAAUGCAAUUGCUAUUUUUGACUUACAGUUUUACACCCUGCAGAUGCUGCAUAUUUUUUUCUUGCCUUUUCCCACGUCCUAUUUAUGUCAAAUGUUUGUAACUCACAGUUAUCCCUUUCCAUCCUGGUAUCAAAACCAGUAAAUGUAAGCAGAUGGGCAGUG